AUGCAAAUAAUCCACUUUCAUUCAUCCCUCACCCAAGCAUGUUGUUACACCAUCUUCCUCCUCCUCCUAAUUUCAUCUCCGAUAACCAAAACCCUAGCCGAAAACUCUCACGUCAUCAAUUUCUACUCCCCAAACCUCUAUCCAGAAUCCCUCCGCCACCACACCAUCUCGUCCAUCUCUGAUGCCGGCAUAAUCGAAACGCUAAUCUCCGACACCUCCCUCCCCGAAAACGUCACCGUCGAAGGCAUAACCGUCGAUUCACGCAACAACCGCGUCCUCGCUGUAAUCCACGCCGUCAAGCCUCUCCCUCCUUUCAACGCCCUCUCCGCAUACGACUUCAAAUCCGGAAACCAUAUCUUCCUCUCCGCCCGAUCCUUCGCGAGGUUUGCUGAUGAGGAUAAACAGACGAGAGAUAUGACUGAGAUGCUAGAUGUUUUGAAGUAG